GCUACCCGCCGCCUCCCCCUUUUCUCUGUCUUCCUCGCCCACCUCCUUUCUCUCCGUCUCCCUCGUCCCCACACCUCCAGUCUGCUUCUGUUGUCUCGGCGGAUUGUUGGGCUGUGGGAGAAGAAGGAUAUCGCGAGUAUUGGAGUUUUGGUGAGAGUUUGUGGAAGAUGGCGCCUGUUGUGACAGGGAAGUUCGGGGAGCGCCCUCAGCCACAGCGCCUGACAAGAGAAGCAAUGAGGAAUUACCUGAAAGAGCGAGGCGACCAAACUGUCAUGAUCCUGCACGCAAAAGUUGCACAGAAAUCUUAUGGCAAUGAAAAAAGGUUCUUCUGCCCUCCCCCCUGCGUGUACCUGAUGGGCAGUGGCUGGAAGAAAAAGAAGGAGCAGAUGGAGCGAGACGGCUGCUCAGAGCAGGAGUCGCAACCAUGUGCCUUCAUCGGCAUCGGCAACAGCGACCAAGAAAUGCAACAGCUCAAUUUAGAGGGCAAGAAUUAUUGCACAGCGAAAACCUUGUACAUAUCCGACUCUGACAAGAGAAAGCACUUCAUGUUGUCCGUCAAGAUGUUCUACGGCAACAGCUCUGACAUCGGUGUCUUCCUCAGCAAGAGGAUCAAAGUCAUCUCCAAGCCCUCCAAAAAGAAACAGUCCCUCAAAAAUGCUGACUUGUGCAUCGCGUCGGGGACCAAAGUGGCACUGUUCAACCGGCUGCGGUCCCAAACGGUCAGCACGCGCUAUCUACACGUGGAGGGCGGCAACUUUCACGCCAGCUCCCAGCAGUGGGGCGCCUUCUACAUCCACCUGUUGGAUGACGAGGAGUCAGAAGGAGAAGAGUUCACUGUGAGAGACGGUUACAUCCACUACGGCCAGACAGUCAAGCUGGUUUGCUCUGUCACUGGCAUGGCCCUGCCCAGAUUGAUCAUCCGAAAGGUUGACAAGCAGACGGCGUUGCUGGACGCAGACGACCCGGUCUCCCAGCUCCACAAGUGUGCCUUCUACCUGAAGGACACAGAGCGCAUGUACCUGUGCCUUUCCCAAGAAAGGAUCAUCCAGUUUCAAGCCACUCCAUGCCCAAAGGAACCAAACAAGGAGAUGAUCAAUGAUGGCGCCUCCUGGACAAUCAUCAGCACAGACAAGGCUGAAUACACUUUCUACGAGGGCAUGGGCCCUGUCCACUCGCCUGUCACCCCCGUGCCUGUAGUAGAGAGCUUACAGCUAAAUGGUGGUGGCGAUGUCGCCAUGUUGGAGCUCACAGGACAGAACUUCACUCCAAAUCUUCGAGUCUGGUUUGGCGACGUUGAGGCCGAGACUAUGUACAGGUGUGCGGAGAGCAUGCUGUGCGUGGUGCCCGACAUCUCCGCCUUCCGCGAGGGCUGGCGCUGGGUGCGGCAGCCCGUCCAGGUGCCCGUCACGCUGGUGAGGAACGACGGCAUCAUCUACUCCACCACACUGACCUUCACCUACACGCCGGAGCCCGGGCCGCGGCCCCACUGCAGCGCCGCCGGCGCCAUCCUGCGAGCCGGGAACUCCAGUCUGCUGAGCAGCAACAGCCAGGAGGCCGGCGCCAACAUCUACGGCCCCAACAGCUCAUCCAACGCAGGAGUCACAUCCUCAUCCUCCACCGCCGCAGCUGUGGUCUCCUAACGCACACAGGAGGCCACUGAAUACAAUAUGCCUUGAGAGCAAAUAUACCUGAGGGUAUAUAAAGACUAUGGGAAAUAAUAAACAAAAACUGACUCACUCUAAAGUGCUGUGUAUUAAUUUUUUUGGAUACAAAGAAGCUGAAGUGGAAAAUCAGUGGGACAAAGGAGCAAACGCAGGGGAAAUCUGAAGAAGGAGUAACAUCACGACGUCGUCAGUACAGUGGGAGCAAAGGUGCUCCCUGACACGCCCCUUCAUCCUUCCUUCCUCUCCCCUGUGGUUACUUUUGGGACCCACCUGUCCUCGUCUGGUGUUUGGAAUGAGUGAAGUUCCUGCCGGCUCAGAGCACCAGCACCUUUCUACGGCUGUGAGAAUGGAAAACCACAACAACAAUACAUCCACCGUGUACAAAAGAAAACAAAGUCGUCUAUUUUUUGCGCUCCCUUGCCCCUUUGCCUCAUUUCCUCCCACCACUUGUUUUAUAAUUAUUCCUUUUGGGUUUUUUUUUUUUUUUUGUGUUUCUCUGCAUUAAUUAGUGUUUUCCGAAAGGGGGCUGGAUGUAUUGUUGUUGGAUGCAGAGGGACGCACAUAAAUCGUGACGAUUACAUAGUUUUUAUGGACCAAGGAUCUUGUAUAAGCUUUAGUAAAGGUACAUUUUUCUCCAUACCUUUUUUGUAUUAAACAUAUAGUACACUUUUGUUACCAAAUAGUUUCUAUUCUAUUCCUCUGAGCUUGGGCUUUGUUUUCCCCCUUUUGAGGUCCAAAAUCCUGACCUGUAUGUUUUUGCAACCUUUGCGACAGACGUGUGCUUUUUUCAGUCUUUGGAUGGAACUCUUUGUUUUGAUACUCUCACUUCUUUUUCUUCUUUUUUUGGGGGAGAAAAAAAACAAACAAAUCUGAA